AUGGAGAGGUUAUCUGAUGGACCACUGCUUGGGUUUUUAGGAACUUCUUGUGAAGACAAAAUAGACCCUUGUGCAUCAUCUCCCUGCCAGAACAAUGGAACCUGUUAUGCAGACAGACUUGCUUUCUCCUGCAGUUGUAGUCCUGGAUUUACAGGACCUACGUGUGCUCAGCUGAUUGACUUCUGCGCUCUGAAUCCUUGUGCACAUGGCAUUUGUCGUAGUGUUGGAACCAGCUACAAAUGCCUCUGUAUCCCUGGUUACCAUGGCCUUUACUGUGAAGAGGAAUAUAACGAAUGCCUUUCUGCACCCUGCCAGAACGGAGCCACCUGCAGAGACCACGUCAACAGCUAUGAGUGUGUGUGCCUUGCUGAAUAUGAAGGAAGGCACUGUGAAUUAUACAAAGAUCCUUGUGUUAACAUCAACUGUCAGAAUGGUGGCACUUGUGACAGUGAAGGUCUAAAUGCUACAUGUAUUUGUGCACCUGGAUAUACAGGUGAAGAAUGUGAAAUUGAUGUAAAUGACUGCGACAGCAACCCAUGUCACCAUGCUGGAACUUGCAUAGAUCAGCCUGGUGGUUACACCUGCCAUUGUCCACAUGGAUGGGUCGGUGCAAACUGUGAAAUAUGUAAGUUUU